AUGGUUCUUCCCGCCCCUGAACCCUCACAGGAGGUAAUACCGGACACACCCCCUAACAUGCAAGGGCAGCAGGUAUUGCCAGGCCCUUCAGGGGUCAGCGUACGUCCGGAAACGUCUAAUAUGGUUCGGCCAAAUACCCGUGCUCAGGCAGCCAUUACUAAGAAAGCAAACCAAAACUCGGGAAAGGGUAAGCCUGCAGCAAAAGGCCCCGGCAAGGGUAAGUCUAGGGCCAAAGCGUUAAGUAGAAAUGCCACCUCACAGGCAGUAGACAUCCCUAGCGUGUUCCAGGAACAGCAUUCCCAGCAAAGCUCUACAGAAGACAGUGAGGGUUCCGGCUUGGAGGAGGAGCAAAGAGAAUCGCAAGGGGUUCAGCCAGUGGCCGAUGGGAAUGCAGUCACCGCGGAGAAGCAGGGCGGCAAGCGCAAAUCCAAGAAGAAGCACACGUCCGCUAAGAAGAAGAGAAGUAAGCAGUCCGAGACGGAGGACGAGUCAGGUACGUCAUCUUCCGAUUCAGAUAGCGAGGGACCCAUGGAUGGUUACUGGGGUUUAGGUGAGGGGAAUCAUGGGAUCCCCCUAUGGGCGCAUGAAAGGAGAGCCAAUUCUCAUCGCAAAACUUUCAAUGGAGUGCUUGAUUGGAAAGAUGGGGCCCUGGUGGAGGAUGUAAAGGUUGCUACCAAUCAGUCCACCGAUUUUAUUUUGGGGAAUCAUCUAUCCGAGAGGAAGAGGAAUAAGAUCCUUAAUGGCGAGUAUGUGGACAUAUUCACCUUGCUUCCCCCCACUAAGCUAAUGGGAAAAGGUGAAAAGAGGCGUUCUUCUGGUAAAGGGAGGUACAGGACCCCUAGGGCCGAGCGCACCUUCGAGAAUUGGUUGGAUGGGUACCAGGUUUUCAUGGGUGUUGUUUGCGCUGCGUACCCUCGACGAGCCAUGGAUUUGGUCGCUUAUUUAGCUCACGUAAGGCGGGCUCACUCGCUCGCUGGGGAGCACGCCGCUUUAACUUAUGAUGAGAAUUUUCGUAGAAACGCUUCCCUGCUACCUUCCACCCGAUGGGACCUAACGGACCCUAACUACUGGGCCGAGGAUGUCAAUCCAUACAUCGAAAGAAAAAACCAGGGAUUGGUCAAGGCAGGUAGGACGGAGGUAAAGCGGCGUCGCCUCUGUUGGGAGUUCAACAAAGGGGUUUGCUCGAGAGCGUCUUGUAAGUAUCUGCAUGAAUGCGAACAGUGCUGGGGAAAUCACCCAGCCUCCGCAUGCUUUAAGAGCAAACAGCAGCCCUUUCGAGGGGGCAGGGGGUACUUCCACAACGCCAGUAGAGGUGCCCCCGGAUCUUCCCACCAGGGACCUGGGAACAGACAGUAA